AUGUGUCGACCUACCGAAAAACCAUUGCUUCUGUCUGUGCACCAGAAUACAUGCUAUACAUCCCGCUUCACCAUCGCAGCAUCCGAUAAUCUAUCUGAAUGUGCCAGAAUGGCAUUCGCCUUUACAUGCCUAACCGAGGGGGGCGGAAGGAAGAAAGGAAAAGCCUCAGGGUCUUGUUGGCAUCGUGAACUGGUCAAUUUAGCUGUAUCUGCAUUGGUGGGACUUCCGCGACUCUCGACUCUCAACAGAGAAGCCACGCAAUCGCUCAAUCAGCUUGUUGUCGCUGGCAAGGCUUUGUAUGUACCCGGGUGUAAGCGACACUCCGGCUUGGGUUCAGUUGUCAGCAAGGCCAACCAGUCAGUCAGCAAAAAGCAAGAAUGCAAGGGCUUUGCUCCCUGGGGGAGGGAGAACAAAUCAGCUAAUGAAGAGAAUCGAUCAAUCGCCAAUCGACCGGGGACCAAGAACCCCGUCGCUCAGGAUCGAGAGAAUCAGGAUGUUCCCCCCUGCGACACCCACGAACGUGGCCGUGGCCGUGGCCGUGUCCGAGCCCCAUCGAGCGGCAAAGAUCAGCAUGAAACACCUUAUACCACUAUCACUGGAGUUGCGCUGCCAUGCAUCCGAGACAAGGCCCCCCGUAUGGCUUUUCCAGCAUCGGAUGCCGCAAGGGUGGAAAAAUCUGGAGUCGAUUACCGAAGGCCCUGA